GGAGGGGCGCGAGCGCGCGAGAAAUCGGGCGGGAAGAGGCAAAAAGGGAUCUGGGACAGUGCUGCGGCGGUUCCUGUUCUUACAGUUGCGCGGCCCAGGGACCGCUGUUGCGCGAGGAAAAUGCGGGACGCCCAGGCUGGAGUGCAGUGGCAAGAUCUCGGCUCAUCACAACCUUCGCCUCCCAGGUUCAAGCCAUUCUCCUACCUCAGUCUCCUGAGUAGCUGGGAUUACAGGGCCAUUUCUGAGCAGUAGAGGCUUCAAGUAAUCCACUAACAACUAGUUCCAAAUUCUGUCGUCAAAUCCUGUGCUGCUGUUCCAAGUGGUAAUAGAUGCAUAUUAUUUCUUUUAUUUAAAAGAAAUGAAUGUGACUAGUAUUGCAUUAAGAGCUGAAACCUGGCUUUUAGCUACAUGGCAUGUUAAAGUACCUCCGAUGUGGCUGGAAGCUUGUAUUAACUGGAUUCAAGAAGAAAAUAAUAAUGUUAACUUGAGUCAGGCCCAAAUGAAUAAACAAGUGUUUGAGCAGUGGCUCCUUACUGAUCUGAGGGAUUUGGAGCAUCCUCUUUUACCUGAUGGCAUUUUAGAAAUUCCAAAAGGAGAACUAAAUGGAUUUUAUGCUCUGCAGAUCAAUUCCUUGGUUGAUGUAAGUCAGCCUGCAUAUUGCCAGAUACAGAAGUUGAGAGGAAAGAAUACAACAAAUGAUCUAGUUACAGCUGAAACACAAGUAACCCCAAAACCUUGGGAAGCAAAGCCUUCACGAAUGUUGAUGCUGCAGCUAACUGAUGGAAUUGUACAAAUACAGGGAAUGGAAUAUCAGCCUAUUCCAAUUCUUCAUAGUGAUCUUCCUCCAGGUACAAAAAUUUUGAUUUAUGGAAAUAUAUCUUUCCGUCUUGGUGUUCUCUUAUUGAAACCAGAAAAUGUGAAAGUAUUAGGAGGUGAAGUAGAUGCUCUUUUAGAAGAAUAUGCCCAAGAAAAAGUACUUGCAAGAUUAAUAGGGGAACCUGAUCCUGUACUUUCAGUCAUACCAAGCAAUUCUAACGAAAACAUUCCCAGAGUUACAGAUGUUCUAGAUCCUGCAUUAGGUCCUUCUGAUGAAGAACUCUUGGCAAGUCUUGAUGAAAACGAUGAGCUUACAGCAAAUAAUGACACUUCCUCAGAAAGGUGUUUCACCAUGGGUAGUUCCUCAAAUACCAUUCCCACAAGACAGUCAAGUUUUGAGCCAGAAUUUGUUAUUUCUCCAAGACCAAAAGAGGAACCAUCAAACCUAUCUAUGCAUUUCAUGGAUGGGGAAUUAGAUGACUUUUCAUUGGAGGAGGCCUUGCUUUUAGAAGAAACUGUCCAGAAAGAACAGAUGGAAACUAAAGAAUUGCAGCCAUUGACUUUUAACAGAAAUGCCGAUCGAAGUAUAGAGAGAUUUUCACAUAAUCCUAAUACUAUGAAUACUUUUUCUUUGACUUGCAAAAAUGGAAACAAUAAUUGGAGUGAAAAAAAUGUAUCUGAACAAAUGACUAAUGAAGACAAAUCAUUUGGUUGUCUAUCUGUUAGAGACCAAAACAGGAGUAUUUUUUCAGUUCAUCGUAAUGUACCCUUAGCCCAUGAUUUUACAAAUAAAGAUAAGAACUUAGAGACAGAUAAUAAAAUAAAACAAACCAGCAGUUCAGAUGGACAUUCCUUAAAUAGUAAAAUAUUAGAUAGAGAGGUGGUCAACUAUGUACAGAAAAGGAGUUCACAAAUUUCUAAUGAAAAUGAUCGUCAUUUACAGACUUGUUCUUUAAGAUCACCAGAGAAUAGCAUUAAUUUUUCUAUUGCCAUGGAUUUGUAUUCUCCACCCUUUAUCUAUUUGUCUGUUCUACUGGCCAGCAAACCAAAGGAAGUUACAACAGUGAAAGUGAAAGCAUUUAUUGUAACCUUAACUGGAAAUCUCUCAAGUUCUGGUGGCAUUUGGAGUAUAACUGCAAAGGUGUCUGAUGGUACUGCGUAUCUAGAUGUAGACUUUGUGGAUGAAAUACUUACUAGCCUGAUAGGGUUCUCAGUACCAGAAAUGAAACAGUUAAAAAAGGAUCCCCUUCAAUACCAAAAGUUCCUGGAAGGUUUGCAGAAAUGUCAGAGAGAUCUAAUAGAUUUGUGCUGUCUAAUGACUAUUUCAUUUAAUCCUUCCUUGUCUAAAGCAAUGGUACUGGCAUUACAAAAUGUUAAUACGGAACACCUUGAGAAUCUAAAGAAGCGGUUAAAUAAAUAAGUUAACUAAAAUAGUAUUAGGAACAAUUAAUAACAACAAGGAAAUAUUUAGAAUUUGUUCACAAUUUUACUUGUGAGACUUUGUGUAAAAAGGAAAGAUGAAAUUACAUAACUUAGUUUAAUUUUAAAGUGUUUAAUCAUGUUUGUUAUAUGUGGAGCUUUUUAACAUAAGUUAAUCUUUUUUUUUUUUUUUUUUUUAAAGGCAGGGUCUUGCUUUGUUGCCCAGGCUGGAGUGCAGUGGCAUGAUCGUAGUUAUUGCAUUGACCUCCUGAGCUCAAGCAAUCCUCCUGCCUUAGCCUCUUGAGUUGCUGGGACUCUAGGCAUAUACCACCAUGCCCAGCUAAUUUAUUAUAAUUAUUAUUUUGUAGGGACAGAGUUUUGCUCUGUUGCCCAGGUUGGUCUCAAACUCCUGGCCUCUCAGUCCUCCUGUCUUGGCCUCUAAAGGUUAAUUUUUUAAAAAGUAACUUAGAUGGAGGAAUAUGGUGACCCCCUAUUGUUGAGAAAUUUGUUUUCCACUUGUCACAUAAGAUGAAUGCUGAAGUAUCAAUACUGGUGUUCAGUGGUGAGUCAUAUUGUUGAAAGUUAAUAACUAUAAAGAGGUAAUUUUCCUUCUAAUGUGUUGUCUAUGGCCAUACCAACCUGAACAUGCCUGAGCUUGUCAUAAUAUGUUGAGCACCCAAAAGAUUUGUUUAUAUUGUUAAUCUUAGGAAAAAAUAAAUAAAAUCCAGUAGAUCAGAACAUCAAACUUUCAGAUGCAAAUUGAUUUACUGGUUUUUAUUUUGCUGAUUAUAAUAUUUGGUAUAUUUAAGGUAAUCUAGUUAAUUAGGUGCUAUUUCAUAGAUUAUAUUGAAUGAUUUAAAACUUUAUUUUCAAGGAUAGUUUAUUUUAAACGGCAUAUUGAAAAUAUCUUUAACAAGAUCCAGUAGGUAGGACAUUUAUUGGAUUAAAAUAAGGCAUUUAUCUAUGUCUUUAGGUGUCAUUGUUCCCUUUCUGAAUUAGCUGUACAUAUAAGCCUUCCUUUGGUUUUAAGUGCUGAUUUUUUUUAUUUUUUAAGAGGGACUGUUUACUAUUCUUCCACUGUGUUGUUAUAAAGUUGUAUUUGAAAGGUAAUGUCGUUUUUAUUAAUCUUUUGUCUUAAAAUAAUUUAAAGUGCUUUGAGUUUUAAAACAUUAAACAAAUCCUUAAAUAACAAAAUACAUUGGUGUUUUAUUUUAUUGAAAAUAAUGUAACAGGAAAUAUCAGGAAGUAAGAUAAAUACAUGUAUGAAAAUAUGAUAAUAGAAGUAGAAGAGAAAGAUUUUAAAAAUAUUUCCAUUGUUGUAUCAGGGUUCAAAGCACCAGGACACAGAUAUUGCUAGUAUGUGCCCUAGUAAUAAUCUUGUCUAUAUACUUGCAUAGCUUUUUAAUAAGUGAUCUGAAUGGGAUAGCCUUAUCUUUCAUUAUCUUUUCAUGAAAUGCUGUGCUCUUAGACUCUAUCUCUGUGAAUGGGGCUUGAAAAUUGGGAUUAGAACUUCUUUUCAUAUUGUCAUUAAAGACUCACUAUCGUACUUUUUAUCAAUCUAUGCUACUCUAUUGGUUCUUGGUGCGUUGAUUCUGUUUCUAGUCUUCUCUGGCCUGGAUUAUUGCAGUGGUUUACUAAUUGGUCUUUUAUCUUAUUUUGCCCUCAAACCAUGCUCCAUAAUGUUACCAGAGUGAUCUUUCGAAAAUAAAUUUCUUCUUGUUUUCUCUUCAUUAACUUUAAUACCAACCUCCUUCCACCCCAUUACUUACAGGGUGAAGUCCAAACUCCUCACUAUGUAAGGCCUUUUGUGAUCUGGCCCCUGACUUCUUUUUUAGCCUAUCUUGCCCCAUUACUCUUUGCCCCUGAGUUUUAGGGGUACCAAGUUAUUUGUAGUACACUAAACAUGUGGAAGAAUAUACCUCUUACUUUCAUACUCAUGCUUAUAGUGCCUCAUCCCCCUGCCUUCCUAAAUCAUUUCCAAUUCAGUUUAAGGUUUAGCUGCCUGUUACAGUGUUUCAUGAAUUCCCCUGUCCACUUGCAUGCUGUCCUGUACAUUGUACAGACUAAUAUGUGUGUUUUUACUGUGCUUGUUUCUCUGUUAUUCUACUGCUACCUUUUUGGUAGGGUAAGUCUUACGGGGCUGUCCUGUCUGCAUUGUAGGAUAUUUAGCAAUACCUUUGGCCUCUGCCCACUGGAUGUGAGCAGCAUCCCUCCAGUUGUGAUAACCAAAAAUCUCUCCAGACAUCGUCAGAUAUUCCCUGGAGCUGGAGAUGCCCCCAGUUGAGAACCAUUGUUCUGUUGGAAUAUAAGCUGCUUAACAGUAUGGUUGAGGGGUUUACCUUGUUGCUCCAGUAAGUAUUUCAUCAAGUCUGAUCAUCUUCUGUUGCCUAAUAUCUUUUGUGAUUUCCCAUCAUCCAUUCCAGUAGCAUGGUACUUAAAGCCCUAACACAUGUGCAUACACAGCAUCUCAAAGAGCUGCCCUCUUUAGUGAAAGAAUAGAUUAGAAAAAUCUGGCCUGUAGUAAAGAGUGACUAUGAAAAAACUUGGAUGACUUGGUUUAGAUUCUGGUUGGGUAGGGGGAAAAAUGUUCUUUUCCCUGAGAAUUUGUAGCCGUAGGUCUGUGCUUAUGUGGGGCUAACCAGACACUUAAAAGUUACCUGCACGGUAAUCUCCAGACUAAUAACUGAACGCAAACAAGAAUGAUCCUAAGAGUUCCUGGCAGUAGCAAAUGGGAAGAAAAAAA